CGGGUUCCUCCCGGAGCGCCGGAAUGAGCGAGGCGGAGGCCGACCGUUGGGCGUGGCUGCUGGUGCUCAGUUUCGUGUUUGGGUGCAAUGUCCUCAGGAUCCUCCUCCCGUCAUUCUCCUCCUUCGGCCACGGCCCCUAAAAUGAGGGUUGGACACUGCAGGACUUGCCACUGUGGGGUCUUCCUGAGAUCGUCCUUCUUUUUGGGAGCACAGUCACCAAUGAGUUCCUGCUGUACACCAGGCAGGAAGAUGGCCUCCAAUAUAGCCGAGGGGGCGAGGGGUUGAGGGUGCACACCCAGGUGGGGUCUUGUGAAUGGGGGUGUCCAUGUGUGCGGGACCAAUGCUGCGGGGAGGGGUCCUGACUUGGGGAGCCCUGUCCCAUGCCAAGAGUAGCCCCUGGGGCUGCCCCAGGUUUUAUAGCUUCGCAGGGACCUUGGUCCGUAACAGGGAUGUGGAGUUCUUUCUGGUGUUAGGGACACACCCCAGCGGGUGUCCCGCGGUGCUCCUAAGUUGCAGGAGGCAGGAGUCUUUGGGCUUUAAAUGUCAUCACGUGGAUUCAUUUUCAGAUGGGCCUGGUACAUAGAGGACCAGCCAGUGAGUAAUAGAGUGGGGGUUUUAAUCUCCCCAGUGUGACCCCAAGUUCAAGCCCUAGCUUUUUGUCUGUUGGCAAGGGAGUAUUGAACCUGACAGGCUUUGAGGGUGAGUUUGGUAGGACACUGUGAGCUCAUACAGGCCGGCAUCUGGGGACAGGGUGACAGGAAGGAUUAGUUCUGUACUUGUUUUCUCCCCAGACUGUCCCACUGCUCCAGUCAUGUUGAUAAUAAUUUUUAAAAAUUCAUUUUUCUGUUUCAGAAUUCUUUGUUGACCCAUCUCCAGGUCUUUGAAAAGCUAUCCCCACAAAGCUUAUCUGUUUCUCUCAAGUGGGAGGUUUAAUGUCCUAGAAGGUAUUUUUCAGUGCAUAAAGACUUCAGGUUUAUUUUUAUUUUAAGAAUUAAUAUUAAAAACAUUUAAAUUAAUAUCUGAUUAACUCUUACAGUUCAAUUCAUAAUUCUAGUACAUAUUAACAGUAACUUAUAAGGAGGUCUUGGAUUGGUUGGUAUCUGUUUGCAAACUUAAAUACUUCUAAACAUUUUUAUAUUCUCAUAGAUGUAAUGUAUUUGUUUUUUUUCCAAGCACUACAGUUGGAUUUACUCAUUAAACUCUUGUGGUCCCCUCAGGUUCAUUCUCCUGCCUUCACUCAGGUUACACUCCUGAGAAACCAUUUUUGGCCUUUUCAGUUUUUAAUUGUUUUGUGUAUUCUCUGCACUAGUCAGUGAUGUGCGCCUCUCUUUCUUCUUUUUAAAAUCUAGUUUUUGAAGUCUGGUUUAUUGGUGUGUAAAUUGCAGUCACUGAAAUUCACUUGGUUUAGGUAAGUGGACAGUUUGAUGAGUCUUGGGACACUUGUUCGGUAGGGUAACCACCACCACAGUGAAGAUAAAGAAUAUCAUUGUCACCCCCAAAGAGUCCUUUCCCCAGCCCUCACCUAUGUCUUGAUUGAUAAAGUUUAAGCAACAUCUGUAAAUUCUUUGCUUUUAAAGAUGUUUCGGGAUUUUAAGAGAAUUUAGCCUAUUCCUAUUUCCUUCUCUAGGGUGGACCAAAUAGUUGGUGUGUUGGGUAGUGGUCAGGCCAGGACAGAGGGGAGGAAGACAGAGGGUUUGAAGACCCCUACUCCUAGCAGGAGGCUGCGCAGUAGCAAAUACAUCCGCUUCUGUGCAGGCGCCCUUGGGAGACUGCCAACGCAGCCCCCAUGCAAAGGGCCUCGUUGAGUAGGUGCUCUGAGGUGGGCCAGGGUGUGUGUGUGUGUGGGUCCCCUGCUCCUCCAGGAACCCGCGGGAGGGGCACAGAUCAGAGGCUGUAACCAAAGAGUUGCCCUACUGUGCGCCAGGCAGAGGGUACUGUGAGCUAGGAGAAACUCAUUUAUUCUGCACUUGCUAUGUGUCACUUCACUUACAUAUGUUAUCUUUUUUAUUCAAUCUGUUUCUAAAAUUUCAAAACAAAUGUGCAGAAAAGUUAUGAGUAUAAUGUAAAAAAACUUACUUUGUUUCCCGAAACAUUUGAAAGUAAGUUGUCAUCCUGAGCUGCCCCAUUCCCCAAUACUUGGUGUAUAAGAGGCGGCCUGGUCCACAGUACAGCCAUCAGGUACAUGCCUGCUGUCCCAUUCAGGUUUUCCACAUGUCCCAGAGGAGUCCUCUGUAGCAAAAGGAUCCUUUCAGCACCCAACGUUGCACGUACUUGUCAAAGUCUCCAGUCUAGAAGAAUCCUCAGGCUCUCCUUGACUUCUCCAGUUGACAUUUCUGAAUCUGGCCGGGUGGAAUGGCCUUUGUAGGACAUUUUCUCCCAUGUUUAGCGGGGACGCCACACAAAGGACACUGUGUUCUCAUUGCAUCUGGCGCCCUGGUCAACUUGGGGAUGUUCACUCAGCACUCAGGCGGUUCCCCGGGGUUUCUCUGUCCCUGGAUCCUCACCGUUCAGCGACCCAGCCCCGGCCCAGGAGUUCAUCUCGCGCCACCUGGCAGCCACUGCCGUCUUCUCCCCGGGCCGCUGGCUAGUCUCCAGGCAGAUGUCCAGGGUCCUGCAGAAGGAUGCAGAGCAGGAGUCACAGAUGAGAGCAGAGAUCCAGGAUAUGAAGCAAGAGCUCUCCACUGUCAACAUGAUGGACGAAUUCGCCCGGUAUGCCAGGCUGGAGAGAAAGAUCAACAAGAUGACGGAUAAGCUCAAAACGCAUGUGAAGGCACGGACAGCUCAGUUGGCCAAGAUAAAAUGGGUUAUGAGUGUGGCUUUCUACAUAUUGCAAGCUGCCCUGAUGGUCUCACUGAUUUGGAAAUACUACUCCAUCCCUGUGGCUGUGGUGCCGAGUAAAUGGAUAACUCCACUAGACCGCCUGGUAGCAUUCCCUACUAGAGUAGCAGGUGGUGUUGGAAUUACCUGUUGGAUUUUGGUCUGCAACAAAGUUGUGGCUAUAGUGCUUCACCCUUUCAGCUGAAAAAGAAGAUGGAGACAGCCAUGACAUUUUUACUUAGUAGGUUAAAAGUCCGAUUUAUACUUGUUCAUUGGUGUUUUUUUUUUAAGAAAUGAAAGUCCACAGGUUAGUUUUUUUGUUGAAUGUGUUUGUUCUUGGACUUUAUAUGAGAAUCUUGUAAGAAUCAUGAUUUUGUACACUUCUCAUUGAGCCAGAAAAAUGAGUCUGUCACAUGUACAUAUUGGCCAGCCUAAUACCAGAUUUAUAAUAGGAAAUAUGUGAUAUUAUGAACAUCUACGUAUGUGUUGUUACCCUUGAUUUACACUUUUGCCAUAUAUUAAAGGUUACAAUGCCAACGGGAAAGUCAAAAUUUCCUAGUAAGUUAACUGCUUUAAAGGCUUUACUGUUUUUAAUCCAGAUUAGAAAGCAACUUUAUUUUAAUACCAAUACUAGAAUUUGAAAAUUUGUUUUUUAAUCUCAUGUAGCACUUCUAAAAGAGUAACACUAAUUGCCAUUGCUUGUGCUUUUUCUUCCUCUGUCUCAAUGUCAUUUUUGGGGGAAGCCUUUGUAUAGUGCUAUCUACUUAUUUGAAGCUGUUAAUUUUUCAUUACUGUGUUUUAGAAAUGUGUUCAUGAGGCCAUAAUGUAUUGUUUGUGCUUGAAUUGUGUGUGUUGUAUUUAAAGCAUUUCAAGUGAAGUGUAUUUUAUAAGCACUUAAUAUUUAUGCUCUGUGGAAUGGAACAAGGUUAAAAAUCAAUCUAAGAAGCCUGAUUAAAUUAAUUUGAAUGGA